AUGUCUUUUAGCUUUGGCAGCCAGUCGACCGCUGGGUCGGCCACCCCGGCCACGACCACCACCAGCGGUACCCCUUCUUUUUCCUUUGGCAACACCCCUUCCUUCUCCUUUGGCAACUCCUCUACACCGACAUCUGGGCCCGGAGCAACUGCCAGCAAACCCGCAGCGACCGCAGGCAGCCUAUUUGGAAAUCUCGGUGCAACACCCACAUCCCAGGCGGCCAAACCGGGUGGCUUGUUUGGUGGUGGCAGUACCACCCCAGCUCCCAGUGGUGGUCUCUUUGGAGGUGCUGCCACAGGCUCCACGACUCCUUCGACCGGCCUGAACUUUGGCUCGGCUGCCGCUGCGACCUCGGCCGGGACGGCGCCCAAAAGUCUCUUUGGUGCAACUACGGCCGGUGCGAGCAGCACGCCGCUAUUUGGCAGUGGAAGUGCCGCGGCACCUGGCAUCGCGAACACGACCGCCCCGACAACAACCACUGCUUCCGGCGGCCUGUUCUCGACUGCCGGCGCGACCGCAAUGACGCCCGCAAAGCCGCUCUUCAGCGGCCUCGGCUCGACCACGCCUGCUGGUGCACCUCCCUUUACCAAGCCCGCAGGAGGGGCUCUGUUCGGCAGCGGUUCCUCAGCAGCGCCGGCAAGCGGCGCCGGUUCUUCGGCUGGCGGUGGCCUGUUCGGUAGCCAGACUGCCAAGCCAAGCCUGUUUCCCUCCUCCACUCCCGCCCAGCCGGCUGCAACGGCGCCCACUGCUGCCGGGUCACUCUUCUCCAACACCCCCACAACCGCAGCCAAACCGGCCGGCAGCUUGUUCUCGUCCGCAGCUACGCCCACCACUACCACCCCGGCAGCAGCUUCCUCUACCCCCAGCCUGUUCUCGGGGGCAUCGGCUCCUGCUGCUUCUGGUAGCCUGUUUGGCGCGAAGCCCGCAACCACUGCUUCGACUACGGCUGCGCCAUCUCUGACGCCCACGACUGCUACUCCUGCGAGCGGGCUGUUCGGUGGUGCCAAGCCCGCCUCCUCAACACCGGCAUCAGCCACGGCUGGAGGACUGUUCGGCGGACUGGGAGGAGCCUCGGCCACACCAUCUACCACUGCACCGGCCGCGUCUGCUGCACCUGCUUCUGCCAGCUUAUUCGGCGUCAAGCCUGCUGCUGCCGCGACCACAUCGGCCGCGUCGACCCCGAGCCUCUUCCAGACGAAGCCGGCAGCUACAGCUGCGCCAGCCACGACUACAUCGAGCUUGUUUCCGUCGAAGCCGGCAGUACCACCCACGCCCACCGUUGCCACAAGCUCUGCCAAGCCUGCCGGAGCUACUGCUACCGGUACAACGGCCACGGCUGCGCCAUCGACGACCAGCAGCUCGACGGCCGGUCCCACUUCACAGCUGGCCCGGUUGAAGAACCGAACCAUGGACGAGAUCAUCAGCCGGUGGGCGACGGAUCUGGACAAGCACCAGAAAGAGUUCCAGGCGCAGGCUGCCAAGGUGAAGGAAUGGGACCAGAAGCUGGUCGAGAACGGCGAGAAGAUCCAGAAGCUCUAUCUGGAGACGUACGAGGCUGAGAGGGCCAGCAACGAGAUCGACCGCCAGCUGCAGUCGGUAGAGAGCCAGCAGGACGAGCUGGCCGCUUGGCUGGAUCGCUACGAGCGGGAGGCCGAAGAGCUGCUCAGCCGACAGAGCAGCGGUCCGGGCGAGCAGCUCACGGGCCCGGACCAGGAGCGUGAGCGCACGUACAAGCUGGCUGAGCGGCUGAUUGACCGGAUGGAGGACAUGAGCAAGGAUAUGACCAAGAUGAUUAAAGAGAUCAACGGCAUCUCCGGCAGCCUCAGCAAGACGGGCAAGACGGAUGACCCGCUGAGCCAAAUUGUCCGUGUCCUCAACGGCCACCUGAGCCAGCUGCAGUGGAUCGACACGAACGCGGCAGCACUGCAGAGCAAGGUGGCAGCGGCAAAGAAGGCAGAGAGCAGCCUGGGCGGACAGUACGGCGGCCUGGAGAACGACGCAGCCGCGAGCUUCUACCGGUCGUUUGCAGGACGGCGAUGA